GCCUUAGUCAAAUUGAUGGUAAUUUUACAUGCUAUUCGCGGCUCCAUACCUGUCCUGCACCGGGAUUCGAGAUGAGCUGAUUUUUCUUCCCCUUGUGAUUUCUUGGGGAAAGGACUUUGAGUUGACUUCGAAAACAUUAAACAUAUGCAAUUCAUAAAGCUCUGCAUAUGUAUUCGCUUUAGUUGACCAUCAGGAAGUUUUGGUCAAGAUAUCGAUAUAUAUCAGCUAACCACAUAUCUUCACUCUCAGUCUUCACUAAGUUAUCAGAUGCAGAAAACAAUAGAAAUGCAGACAAGAACCAGCAGUUUCAAAGGAAGGAUAACAAAGAAUUACUCUGAGCAUAAUGCACAGAAGUAUUCUGAAUGGGUCCGAGCUGUUAAUGGCACACUAGGUCUGCUGCGGAGCAGACCACACGACUCGAGUACUUACAGAGUUCCCACAAAACUCCGAGCAACACAACCUGGAGUAUACACUCCUCAAGUGGUAUGCAUUGGUCCUUUUCAUCUAACCACGCCUGCAUUACGAGCUACAGAGGAGCUGAAAUGGAGAUAUAUGUUAGCUUAUAUCGAUAGAGUAGUAGAAACAGACACAAAAAACAUUCGAAACAAUGAGUUAGGGGGUGUGCACGAUGAAAAAUCCGCUCAAAUAUCGGCCUUGAAUAAAUGUUGUGAAGUUGUAUCAGGACUGGAACAAGAUGCUCGAGCAUGGUAUGCUGAAGAUAUCAAUUUAGACAAGCAUCAGUUUGUUGAGAUGUUGCUCGUUGAUGCUUGUUUUAUACUCGAACUCUUUUACAGGUGCAAUGUGAUGACCAUUAAAAAGUUCAAAGAACAUCAUAUCCCAUCAACCCAUGAGGAUCAGGUCCAAUUUGAGUCAUUAGCAGGUAAUUACACGAUGGUGACUUCACUGACAUUUGAUUUAAUGCGACUAGAGAACCAAAUCCCGUACUUCAUUCUGCAGAAGCUUUUUGACAUAAUGCCAAGUUCCAAGAGAUUAAUAUUCAGUGGAACACAGGAACUAUCUCUUCGACAGCACAUCCUCUGUUUUUUCCACCAUAUUCCAAUAUUGCGUAUAAAUGUUUUUGAACUUGACAGUAACAUCCAGGAUGCCACCUACAGUCAUAUACUCGACGUGUUGUGCAAAGUUUGCAACCUCACCUCAUGGGCAUUACCCUUACAUUUAACCUACGGAACAUGGGGAUUCAAAAGAUGUUCAACAGAAUUGAUCAAGGCCGGCUUUCAGAUUGCUCGUCGUCAGAGAUCAGACAGUAUGAGCAUAGUCGACAUACAAUUCGACAAGGGAUUGAUUUUAAUCCCGUCAAUCAUCAUAGACAAAUCAACUGUCUCAUUAUUGAGGAAUCUCAUUGCUUUAGAGCAGACCAGAAGUGGCGGACAAAUUAUUACCUCAUACGUCAUACUCAUGAGCACGUUGAUUCGUACCCGAGAAGAUGCAGAUAUAUUUGAACGGUUAGGCAUCCUACAGAAUCCAACAAAACAUCCGGAUCUUACAGGCUUCUUUACAAGUUUCUGUCGCGAAGUUCUUUCUGAGCGCUUCUAUUUUAGAGAUUUGUGCAAUGAGGUUGAAAACUAUGAAAUCCCUUUAUGGAGGUGGUACAGAAUGAAAGGAUACAUGAGUAUUACAUGGUUGAGAUGGAAAAAAUCUUUGAAGGACUUGAAGCGUGAUUACUUCGGAAAUACAUGGAGUUUUAUAGCAUUCUUAACUGCUUUUUUUGUCAUACUUCUGACUCUCUUGCAGACUUUCUACACUGUGCGAGCUUAUUAUCCUCCAUACCAUUAAACGUUGCAAAUUCCAUGUGAUCUGUAUUUAUAAUGAUAUUCUUUUAGUGAUAAUUUUAAUUAUAUAAGUUUU